AUGUCUAACAUUCUAAAAACCACAAAAUGUGAAACAGAAGAGCAAAACACGGGAAUGGCAAAUGAAAAGGAAAAGGGCGCAGCCAGCAACUUCAUGAGAAUCAGCUCGUACAGGCCAGACGCCUCCUCAGACAACAGGAUCAAAAACACAAAAUACUCCUUGGUCUCAUUCCUGCCCCUUGUCUUCUGGCAGCAGAUUAAGGAGCCCGCAUCCUUCUUGUUCUUCAUCAUCAUGCUGCUCCAGGCGAACAAGACACUUGCAAUCGGCCACUUUGUCAGCAGCCUGACACCGUUUCUCUUUGUGUUCUUUCUGAGCAUCUUCAACGAGGGAAUGGACGACUACAAGCGAUACAAGCGAGAUAACUUCGUCAACGCGGAGCUGUUCAAGAAGUACGUGUUUGGGAGGAAACUGAAGGAUUCUGGCGAGACCAGCGAGUCGGAAGAGAAGCAGCCUGGUUUCAGGUGCACCCUUCUGAAGAAGGAAAACGCCUACAAAUUUGCACCAGUCAAAUCGGAACUCAUCAAAGUGGGCGACAUCAUCAAAGUCAGCAAAGGGCAGAAAUUCCCAGCUGACUGCAUUUUGCUGAAUUGCAACGACGAAAACGGGGAGCUGUUCAUCAGAACAGACCAGCUGGACGGAGAAACAGACUGGAAGAGGAGACAGUGCUGCAUAGAAUUUCCAACUUCAGAGGACGAGCUGGUUGCAGACGUAGAGAAGCCACAUAAGGACAUUUAUGCAUUUGCAGGAAAACUGGUUCAAGGCGAGAUGAGGAAGUCGCUUGAUUUGGACAACACGGCCUGGACGGACACGGUUGCGGCCACCUCAGACGCAGUUGGCCUUGUCAUCCACACUGGCUUCCAAACCAGGGCCAAAAUGAACACGUAUCUUCCACGAUCUAAAACAGGCCUGAUUGACAAGGAAAUCAACGGGUUCGUGACACUGCUCAUCUUCGUCUGUGGCCUCUGUGCCAUUGCGUUCUCUGCGAUGCGAAUCACCACUCUCGACCUCGCUGCCGUCGUGAUAUUCGUCAGGUUCGUGAUUCUGUUCAGCUACAUGAUACCAAUUGCACUGAAAGUGACUAUUGCGACUGGAAGAAUGGCCUAUGCCACGUACGUUGACAAGUCGAUUGUGGUCAGAAACACGAACAUUCAGGAGGAGUUAGGACGCAUCUCGUUCUUCCUGACCGAUAAAACAGGAACUUUGACUCAAAAUGAAAUGCUCAUGAAGAAGAUUCACCUGGGCAUAAACAGUUACGAUGAGCAUGAAUUCAGGGAAUUGAAGGAGAUUUUGAGGAAAUUUGCGUUGAAGAAGAGGAUGGGACGAGAGAUGAAGCAGCUGAGCCAGAAGGUCUUUGACCUGGUUGAGGCACUGGCUCUCUGCCACAGUGUCACUCCUGUUGAAACUGAAGACGGAAUCGAUCUCCAGGCGUCUUCUCCUGAUGAGGUUGCCCUGGUUGAAUUUGUGAGAAGGCUGGGAGUUGAACUCAUCAGCCGAGACCGAAACUCCCUCAAAAUCAGGUACGUUCAUAGGAAGAAUAAGAAGGGUGAAGAAGGCGAAGAAGUUGUUGAGGCGAUAAACAUGGAUUAUAAGAUCCAUCACAUUUUCCCGUUCAAUUCGGACACGAAGAGGAUGGGAAUUGUGCUAGAACGAGAUGACGGAUCAUUUGUGUUCUUUGAAAAGGGAGCAGACACCACGAUGUCGAAAAUAGUGAAAGAGAACGACUGGGCUGAGGACGAGACGGAUGACAUGGCGCGAGAGGGACUCAGGACGCUGCUAAUUGCGAAGAAGGAGCUGACCAAGGCGCAGUUUGAGAAGUUUGAUGAGAUGUACACUGAGGCAAAGCUUACUCUGAAUAACAGGCAGCAAAACAUGUAUGAUGCGCAGAGGAAGCUGGAAAAGGGGCUCGAUUUGCUUGGGCUGACAGGGGUGGAAGACAAGUUGCAGGAUCAGGUGAAGGAGACCCUUGAGAGUCUCAGAAAUGCAGAUAUCAAGAUAUGGAUGCUGACUGGAGACAAGAACGAGACUGCAAUCAGCAUUGCAAAGAGUAGCAGGCUGCUGAGCAAGACUGAUCGGUAUCUGGUGAUCAGCGGAUGCACCACUGAGAUCGAGAUCAGGGAGAAGAUUGAUCUGCUCAAAAAGAAGAAGUUCAAUGCGCUGGUGAUUGACGGAGUCAGCCUGGCUGUGAUUUUGAGUCCAAAGAACAUCACAAAAGUCAAAGGAAAAGAAAGGAACUUUCUGCUCGAAGAAUUCAUCGAAGAGGCCAAGGGGCUGACUGCCCUGAUUGGAUGCCGCUACACUCCGACACAGAAGGCCAUGAUGGCUGCUUCAUUGAAGGAGUUGGCUGGAGAAACAGUCCUAUGCAUUGGAGAUGGAGGAAAUGACGUGUCAAUGAUCACUGAGGCAGACACAGGCGUUGGAAUUGAGGGAAAGGAGGGAAACCAGGCUGCUCUUUCGGCUGAUUUCUCACUCAAAAAGUUCUGCUUCGUCACGGAGCUGCUCUUCUACCACGGUCGCGCCUGCUACGUCAAAUCAGCCGGUCUCGCCCAGCUCACGCUUCAAAGGGCGUUCAUCGUCACAAUUCUCCAGGGCGUCUUCAGUGCCCUGAUCGACUGUGUCCCCCUCUCAAUCUUCCAGGGAUACAUGUCAUCGAUGUUCAUUCUGUUCUCGUGCUUCCCAGUUCUGACUCUCUACAAGGGAUGCGAUAUCACCAAAACAGUCGCCCUGAAGUAUCCAGAACUCUACAAGGAGCUCAGAAUGAGCAACAAGUGCUCCCUGAAGGAGUUCAUCACGUCCAUUCUGGUUGCGUAUCUUCAGGCUGUGGUCAUUUCAAUUGGAUACAUGCUCGUUCUGAAGGACAAGGAGCUCCACUUCUACUCCGUGAUUGUAUUUACGUCAGCAGUGAUCAAUGAGUACAUUACGACUCUUCUUUUUAACAGCAGGCCCAGACUGAUCACCAUUGCAGUGAUUUUUGGAUCAGUUGUUUCAUUCAUCAUUGCCUCCCAGCUAUUCACUGAGUUCCACAUUGGUGCAUUCACAUUGCUCUGUUUCGUCCCACACAUGAUAUUGAUCAAUUUUCUGGCUGCGUCCGUGCUGAUUGCACUGAAACUGUAUCACAGGUACCUGAAUCCAGCAUCACACAUCAAGAUCACAAAGUACUAA